CUCUCACUUUAGUAACUGGGUCAAGUUCUAAAAUCUAAUCAAGCUGGGUGCCUUAGAUUUCUUCCCAGUUCAAGUGAAAUAAUUUUUAGCAUUUCGCAUUUUACAAACUCAGUAAGCUCUCUGGUUUUUCAACAAAGAAGCUAUACGAAGUCGGAUCAUUGGCAUAAGCAAAAGCUAUGUCAAAAAACAACAAUGGCGGACCGUGUGUUCAACGAAAUCAGGAAUAUACUUACGAUCCAGUGAGAUCGUUAAAUCGGAUGGUGUCGGAGCCUUAUUACCUAUUUCACUUGCUCGUUUUCUUCUCCUACAUCCCCAUUCGAUUCUCCGCUUCUCAGCUCCUCUCUCCUGCUCGCAACUCUUUCCUUCUUAAACGAGAAAUUCAAGUGUUUGUUGCAUACUGCGUCUUGGCUGUUGUGAAGAUUGUAAAGACAGAAAGCUGGGAAUCCUUCAUUCAUGAUACUUUAUUUUUUGCUAAGAUUUUCCUUACUGCCAUUGCUUUAGUUUUGGAUUAUCACUUGGCGCUUUGGUACACAGUGGCAUUUCUAGUUAUACACAUUAUAGCGCAGCAGCCUCCAUAUGAAGGACUAGGUUCUUCAAAUCAUUUGACACCAUUGCAGUUGGAGACUUUGCUUACUGAAGGGAAUACAUCACGAUUUUGGCUGGUCGAAUUUCGUGCUUUCUCCACACCGGCUUGCGUAUGCACAAGUUCCUUUUUCCCAGAACUCUCAAUAACAUACUCAAAUGCAAAUUUAUCUUUUGGGACGGUUGAUAUUGGACUCUUCCCUAAUGCUGCUGAAAAAAUUGGCAUUCCUCUUGGAAGCUUGAACCAACUUCCAGUGUACAUUCUAUUUGAGAAUGCUAUAGAGGUUGCACGCUUUCCAGAGUUCGAUUCUGAGCCAUAUGUUUUUGGUCCUACCAUUACGAAGGUAUCCUCUGCUACCAUAUAUGGUGCAACUGUGUUGUACGCCCUCUCUUUCUGUUCCCAAGCGGAUCUAAUAUAUCCUAUUGCAUAUUUAAACUGUUUGCUUCACUUUAUGCCUUUUUCUGUUUCCGUAUAUUUGGCGUUUAUAAUUUGUUUUUCAUUGGAACCAUCUCCGACUUGGAUGAUAAAUUGAGCCUGUUAAAGACUA